GUGGUGCUGAAAAGACCGAUUGCCCUUGUUAAGCCUCUUUUUUUCCCUUUUUCUGAAUUUUACAAGGGUUUUACAUGAACACUGAUGAUGUACAGCGAUUUUACAAUUUGUGUUAGCUUUACUCCUUUAAGAAUUUGUGUGAGUGGAAUACCUAAAGUAACUAGGAGUGAAUACUUUUUUAAAUUCGGAAAAAAAACAAUUAAGUAACUUAAUUAGUUUAACACAGUAACUAAAGAAAGUAAAUAAUUCCUCUUUAAAAUAAAUUUACUCAAUAAUCUGUCAAUGAUCUAAAUGCAGUGUCAUCAGUUGCACACACAAGCCCCGCCCCCUUGAUGACAUCAUAUAGCACGUACGACACCGGCUGCUGUGAUGUCUGACUUUGCCUGUGACAUCGUUUGAAGUAAUUUGAUAUCAACGAGAGAUUCCAGUGAUGUCAUUUGAUGUCAUUUUAUGUCAAAGAUCAACGUGAAGAUUUCCUUUAAGCUGAUCAUGAUUCCUAAUAACUUCAUUCCUUCGUUGAAGAGAAGAUUUUCAAGGUGUGGAAAAGACAUGGACCGAAACCAGCGUCCCCCAAGCCCGAUGAAUUAUCGGAUUCAAAUGGAAAAAGCACGUUUUGAACAAUGGCGCCUUAAAAAACAGAAGUUAUUAGAACUACAGGGACACUGUAGAAACGAGGAUCUACCAGAACAGGUUGAUGUCGUUGACCUAAAACUUAGAAGACAAACAGAAGAUCGCCAAAAGCGCCAAGAAAUAGCAUAUAAACAUCUGGAAGAGGUAUACAAAAAAGAAAAAGAAGAAAAGGCUUUAAAGCACCAGCAGCUUCUUCAGAGGCAAAAAGCUGAAAGAAUUGCACUAGAACAAAAAAAACUACAAAAAUUGAAAGCAAGUCAGGUUGCUCAGGUUUGUAAUGAACAAGCAAUUGACACAACAAAACGAGAGAAAAGAUGUGAAGAAAGCGCUCCAGAAACAGUUUAUAGCCAAACUGAAGAGGCUGCUUUCGAAUCAGACACACAUGGACACUUAGAAGUGUUUGAGGAUGAAGAAGUCACAACAGAGCAAAGAAAGAGAACUGUUGCUUUUGAUUUAGCACUUGCUUCACAGAAACUCAUAGAAGCUGAAAAGUUUAGAGCAGAAGCAACCAUAAGCAAGAAGAAACCCAUCUCGCAAAUGCUGGAGAAAAAGAUUCUGAUAGAAAAACAGAUCGAACUUCUAAAAAUAAUGGGAAUGGAUGAUCUGGAAAUGUUUGAAGAAUUAAGGAACACGGGGGGGUUCCGGCUAGAUGACAUUAUAUUAUUAUGUCGUCAUAUAAUUUGUCACAAGCCUCUUUUGGGUUACACAACCCUGGAGGAAAUGUUAACAAAAAGAAGUCGGGAGCGUGUGACUUCAAAGCCAACCCCUGCAGCGAAAAAAAUGGUCCCUCCAACACCAGACAGAGCUACAAGGACGAAAAGGGAUACCAGUCACUACGGGUCCACGAAAAUUUGUCCACCUACAAAUGACAGUCGAAGGAUGGACAACACUUCUGCCCAAGUCUCAGAAGAAAGGUUUGAGCCCAAGUACCCACAUCCUCCAACUCCCAAAGAUCCUAAGGACAUUAAAGUGUCUGCAGCAAAGAAAAAAAUGCUGCCUCCAACAGCAGUUCAGGUGUCUAGAGAAGAGAAAAUACAGCAUUGUACACCAGUAGUGGAUUGGGAAAUAUGUCAUCCACCAUUCCCUGGUAAAGACCACUACUCUUUGGAUGAUGAACAUCAAACAUCUGAACAUAACGUACAGGAUGACAGACACAGCGUGGUUAAGGAAGACUGUACCUCUGAACCAAACAGACGAGCCAGCUCAGUGAUGACUGAUUAUUCUGAAGAUGGCCCAGAGGAUGAGUCCAACAACAGGUGCCCACACCCUCCAAUCAACAAACGUAUAACAUCGGUUCGGGUGUCUAGAGAAGAGAAUACACAGCCGUGUACACCUGUUGAAGAUUUGGAAACAUGUCAUCCAGCCUUCCCUGGUAAAGACCACUACACUUUGGACGAGGAACUUCGUGCAUCUGUAGAUGACAUACGAGAUGAAGUUUUGGAUGAUUGUUUCAGCUCAGUGGCGACAGACAUCUCAGAGGAUGAGGCCAACUUGAGGCAGCCCCAUCCUCCACCCCGCAACCUGAAAAAGCUGAAAACUUGUUCUCCAAAGUUAGAACAAAACAAAGUCCUUCGACGAUCAUCCACCACAAAUUAUUCAA